AUGUUGCUCACCGCAUUAAUAUCACGAUGGCUGGUGGCAAGUCCUUUCUUCUCGAUACGCGCGACCGAAUCUCAACCAAAGCUUCGUCUUGAUGCAAACAACGAGUUCCACAUCGCCAUCUUCUCGGACUUGCAUUAUGGCGAAGAGGAAGAUGGAUGGGGAAUCACUCAAGAUGUCAAUUCAACGCGCGUAAUGAACAAUAUCCUCAAUUCGGAGAAGCCAGACUUUGUAGUUCUCAAUGGAGAUCUCAUCACCGGAGAGAACACGUUCUUGACGAAUUCAACCAAGUAUCUCGGCGUCGUGGUUACUCCUCUCGUUGAGCACAAUGUGUCAUGGGCGAGUACGUACGGAAAUCAUGACUCGCAAUACAAUCUUUCUCGCGAAGCUCUCUACCAAGAAGAAGCUAGAUACGCUCUAUCAUAUACCCAGCACUCGCCUGAUGGCGUUCCUGCUAUCACCAAUUACUAUCUUUUACUGUUUCCCCAGAACACCGAUACGCCACUUGCUGUCCUCUGGUUCUUUGAUUCCCAAGGAGGAGCGCCCUUUCAAACCACUGCUGACUCUGAAUCAAUUCCUAACUGGGUCGAGCCUUCGAUCGCAACAUGGUUCACCUCAGAGCAGGCGGUUUUAAAAACUAGAUACAAGAAAGACUUGCCAUCGCUAGCGUUUGUGCACAUCCCACCUACAGCGUUCAUCACCGUUCAAAACAACCUCCUACCAAAUUCUGGAGAAGAGUCUGCACAUUUUCCAGGUUUGAAUGACGAUGUGCCCCUCGCAUACGAAGGAACCGGGUGGCAAGAUGUUCCAUUCAUGCAAGCACUCGUUGACACUCCCGGAUUGCAUUCCGUGUAUAGUGGGCACGACCAUGGUGAUGCUUGGUGCGCGAAUUGGCCAACGGGAGCCAAUGACACGAAAGGAGUCAGCUCACCUCAUGUGUGUUUCUGCAAACAUACUAGCUAUGGUGGAUAUGGGAACUGGAAUAGAGGGAGUAGGAAUCUGCGACUGUCGUUCACAGAGGAUGGCAGCAUGGCGGUCGACACAUGGGUGAGGAUGGAGAAUGGAGAAAUAGUUCAGAGUGUAAGUUUGAAUUCUACCUAUGGGACAGAUGUAUAUCCCUUAGAAGACGGGGAGAACUAUUCCGUCUGA